GAACUUCGACAAGAAGAGCGUCGAUCGAAACCCUAGCGAUUCUAUGGACUCCCUAAACCCUAACCCUAGCCCGAACGGAGUCCCUCCCGCUGCUCCCCUCGUCUGCCUCCUUCGCUUCGCCGGCGACUCCGCCGGCGGGGCCUUCAUGGGAUCCAUCUUCGGCUAUGGAACAGGCUUGAUAAAAAAGAAAGGAUUCAAGGGCUCAUUUGCAGAUGCAGGAAGUUCUGCUAAGACAUUUGCAGUUUUAUCUGGUGUUCACAGUUUGGUUGUCUGCUUCUUAAAGAGAGUGCGUGGAAAGGAUGAUGUGAUCAAUGCGGGAGUAGCAGGUUGUUGUACUGGCCUUGCAUUGAGUUUCCCAGGUGCACCACAGGCUCUACUUCAAAGCUGCGUCACUUUCGGAGCAUUCUCGUGCAUUAUGGAGGGUCUGAACAAGCAACAGCCAGCAUUAGCACACUCACUGUUAGCGAGCAAUGGGAGCAUCUCUGCUCACCAAAAUGUACUGCCACCAUUUACUCUUCCACUUCCUCAUGACAUCAGAGACGGUUUUGCUUCCUUCUGCAAAUCCUUGCCAAAAUCUAGUAGUUCGAUUUCCCUGUGAGUUCAAACCUGCAAGCAUUGUGAUUCUUGUGCUUGUUGAAUUUCCUGUAAAUUUUGAUCUUUGUUGGUCUGUUUUUGAGAUUGAUAAACUUUCUAGACUUCUCUGAUGAUGUAAUUGAUUUGUUCGAAGUGUCAUUGUAGUUGUAUUUUACAUGCAUUUUUA